AGCUGGUGCAACGCAUACGUGCACACUCCCUCUCCCUCUUUGGCUGCUUGUCGCUUCCCCGGUGUUGGCUGGUUCUGUCCAGCUGCCCCCCGUUUGCCCUCGUGCUGCUUUGGCAGACGCGCCGAGUGACUGGAAGCCGACCGGGGACGUUGAUUGACGCCAGGGUCAAGCGGGUGUGAUACGCGUGGGCAUUGACGCUCGCUGCCGUUGCAACCCUUCCCCCUCGCCUUCUCCUUCUACUCCUCCUCCUCCUGCUGCUGCUCUGCGCUGCACGGCUACCGCGACACACAAGUCGCGUGACCCAGCAUUGAUCAUCAUGGCCUCGCGACGCUUUGGCGUGCUGGCAUUGCUGUCGCAAAUCAUCCUGCUGAUCCUCUUUGUCGUCUGGGUGCGCUACGAUGGCGAUCUCGGCGACAGCAGCGGCAUGGACCAAUCCUGUGCCACCCGCCUCACCGAGAUCGACUGCUUGGCCGCGGGCUGCACCUACAAUGCUGCAGAGAGCACCUGCUCCGGCACUCCUACCAUCCUUGACCAGCGCUACCCUUACUACCAGGACGUGCACGUCAUGAUCUUCAUCGGCUUUGGCAUGCUCAUGACCUUUCUCUCCCGAUACGGCUUUAGCGCCGUCGCCUAUAACAUGUUCCUCGCCUGCAUCGCCUUUCAGUGGGCCCAGUUCACCAACACCUUCUGGCAUCGCAUCUUCGAGGGCGAGGCGGCGAGCCACAAAAUUCGCAUGACCGUCGAGAACCUCAUUACCGGUGACUUUGCUGCCGCCAGCGUUCUCGUGGCAUAUGGUGCCGUCAUUGGCAAGACCACCCCUGAACAACUCCUUGUCAUGGCCCUGCUUCAGCUCAUCUUCUAUUCCCUCAACGAGUCGAUCGGCGUCAUUGAGUUCCAGGCCGUGGACGUGGGUGGUUCCAUGUACGUGCACGCCUUUGGUGCUUACUUUGGUCUUGCCGUCAGCUUUAUGCUCGGCAACAGCCGUCCCACGGCCAGCGGCAAGCAGCUGCACCGCAACAACUCCAACAAUGGGUCAUCCUCCACCUCUGACGUCUUUGCCAUGAUCGGCACGCUCUUCCUCUUCAUGUUCUGGCCCUCCUUCAACGGCGCCCUGGCCUCGGGGUCCGCUCAGCACCGCGUCGUCAUCAACACGGUCAUUGCCAUCGCCUUUAGCGCCAUGAGCACCUUCGCCUUUAGCAAUCUCUUCCGUCGCGGUCGCUUCAACAUGGUCGACAUUCAAAACGCCACCCUGGCGGGCGGCGUGGCCGUCGGCUCCUCGGCCGAUCUUCUUAUCGAGCCCUAUGGCGCCGCUCUGAUUGGCUUUGUUGCCGGUCUCAUCAGCGUCGUCGGCUACGUUUACAUCAGCGGCCUUUUGGACCGCUAUCUUCGCAUUCACGACACGGCCGGCGUCCACAAUCUGCACGGCAUGCCCGGCGUGGUGGGCGGCUUGGGCGGCGUCAUCGCCGCCUCCCUGGCCAAAGCCAGCGACUACGGCUCGGCUCUCGGCGAAAUCUAUGCUGCUCGCGCCACCGGAACUACCGCUGGCGAACAGGCCGGUAAUCAGCUUCUGGCCCUCGUCGUCACCCUUGGUCUGGCCAUCGGCGGUGGCCUUGCCACUGGUUUUGUGCUCCGCCUUUUGCCCGCGCCGCAGUCCCCCUUCCACGACCGUGAGUUCUGGGACAUUGAAGAGCACGCUGGCGCAGAGGCAAGCGACGAGCCCGACACCAUUCCCCUGGGCUCCGUCACUAAAGUGUCCCCCCUCAUGUAAUCAUGAUUUGUCGUUGUGAUUCUUGCUUCCCGCUGCCGUUUUGACCCGGGAAUCAUGAUGCUCCAUCAC